AUGAAGGUUGCUGUUGCUGGCGCAGGCGACAUUGCCAAAUACCUCGUUGAGGCGCUUCGCAACCAGGACUACGAUGUAGUCAUCCUGACUCGCAGUCCAAAGCCCUUCUUCAAGAAGCUUGAACAACGCACUACGGACUAUUCUCUUGAGAGUAUUCGACCGCAUCUUGCCGAUUGCGAUGCUCUUAUCUCGUCCAUCACGGGCUACGCCACCGACUUCGUGCGCAUCCACCUAGACAUGCUUGAGGCUUGCCGCACCUCUCCUCAGUGCAAAAGAUACCUCCCCUCAGUGUGGGCUGGCAAUUACGAAGAGGUUACCGAUCAGCCCCUCUAUGUUGGCGAUGACCUUAGCGUCAUUCUCGACAAGCUCAGGGACCAAGAUGCGGUCAAGUGGACAUUCUUCUGCCAAGGAUGGAUGUCUGACUAUCUCCUCCCUGCAUCGCAGCGACACUUUGCCGAUUACGGCGAUCGAUGGGUUCAGAACUAUGAAAAAAAGGAAUUCACCCUAUAUGGCAAUGGAUCUCAGAAGGUCGAUUUCACUUCGGCUAAAGAUGCAACUCGGGCUGUAGCUGUUCUCCUGACUCAUGAUCCGUCCACCUGGGAGAACUUCACGUGUGUUUCUGGUCAGCAAAUGACCUGGCUUGAGCUUUCAGAGCUGGUGAAGAUCAGGUUUCCCGAGUACAAAGUCGUGAAGAAGUCGCUCGCCCAGAGCAUCAAGCAGUUGGUGGCGAAGGAAAGUGACGCAACCUUGGCGGUGGCCGUCUAUGAGAUUAUGGGUCACAGCGAAGCACUUGCGUUCUCUCCUACGAAGAUUGCUGAGCACAGGGAGAAUUAUUUCAGAGGAUUGAAGUUCAGAACAGUGGAGGAACUCUUAGAUGAAGCUGCUUUUCAUCCUACAAGCAUCGCCUAA